AUGGCGGCAGCAAGCAACAAGUCUAACACACCAGAGAAGGGGGUGAAGCCGCCCUCGGGGUUCGGUGUGAUUGCGCCGAUAGCUCUGGGGAUGGGCGUCUGUUUCGGCUUUGCGCUGGAGAAGGGCCGCGUGUUCGAACCCUCCGUCAUCAUCGACCAGAUGCUCUUCCACCGCUUCCAGAUGAUGAAAAUGUUCCUCUCGGCCGUGACCACCUCUAUGGUGGUGAUGAGCACCCUGCGUGCGUUCAAGCGGACGGCGCCCUACGCGGAGCACAGCCGGGCGCACUUCUUUGCGGCCCCGCGUGGCCUGCCCUCCGUGGCACUGGGCACCGCCCUGCUCGGCGUCGGCAUGUCCAUCGGCGGAGCCUGCCCCGGAACCACCAUCAUCCAGCUCGGCGCCGGCGUCAAUCAGGGCCUCUUCAUCGUUCUCGGAGGAUUGAUGGCGGCUGGUCUGUACUCGUACUACGAGUCGGUGUUCCGCCCGUUCAUUGCGGUGGGGCGGCCGCAGCCGGCGAACCGCACGCUGGACAAGAUGGCGGGCACGUCCUACGCGCGGGUGGCGCUGCCGAUGGCCCUCGCGCUGGCGGCCAUCGUGGGCGGGCUCGAGUGGGUGCGGCCGUGGUACGAGGACGUGGGCCUGUCGCGGGCCGAGAGCCUGCCGGCCCACCUCUCCCUCGCCUCCGUGCUGGCCAUGAAGGCCUGGCCGCCCCAGAUCGCGGGCAUCAUCGUCGGCCUUCUUCAAAUUCCAGCCGUCCUGCUCCUCACCGUCACCCUAGGGUCGGCGUCGUCGUUUGCGACGGUGGCGAUCAACAUGAUCUAUGGGGUUUGUCCGCGUGCGGUCGAGUCGUCGCAGUACAUGUCGUCCCUGCGCUCGGGGCUGGCGCUGUGGCAGCCCACCUACCUGCUCGGGGCCAUGGCCGGCGCCUUCCUCUCGGCCACCCUGUCCGGCACCUGGGGCACCGUCACCGGCCUCGCGCCGCUCCCGGCCUUCCUCGCAGGGUUUUUGUUGGUGGGCGGGGCUCGGCUGGCCAACGGUUGCACGAGCGGCCACGGCAUCAGCGGCAUGGCCAACCUGGCCACCGUAUCGUUUGUGGCCGUGCCCGCCAUGUUUGGCGGCGCCAUCGCCACCGCCUUCGCCCUCAAGGCCCUCGGAUACUAUUAA